CUUGAUUGUGCAACCGCGUUGAAUUCUUGGCCUCGCUGCUCGUUUCAACACGGGCGGCACAGUAAUACCUUAAAUUAACCUGGAGCACGCAAACAAGACAAGUGGCCUGCGUUGGCCUGCACUUUGCAACCCUGCCCGCAAUAGCCUACGCCCUACUAUCCUCCAAAGCAGUCUGCCAUGGUGUUCAGCUCGUGAAAUGACAUUGCGAGCUCUCAGACCAACCCUAGGCAGUAGUACUCCACAUCAGCAAUUAAUCGCGAAACCCAUCACCAAUGCGCGCCUCCGACUGCGCUGAUGACCUGUGUACGGCGCCAGGCUUCGCCCCCUCGACUCUCUCGACCGUCGUGUCCCUGUCGCCCUUCAUCCUGACCUUCGGCGCUGUCGCUGUUCUCGUUCACCAGAAGAUCUUCCCCCAGCUGUCGCGGGUGCAGAACUCGCGCGAUGGCGAAGACCACUUCCUGCCCUCCGAUGCGCCGCUGUCGCUGCAACAGGCCCAUGCGGAACACGGCUCGAAAUCGUUGCGCAGACGGGUAGCGGCCGCCGCAUUCUCAACGACUGUAGGAUUAGCUGCCGUGUUGGCGGAGUUGAUAUUGUGUGAGAUCUCCGAGCUGGUAAAUCCGCUUGCGCGCGCAACAGCCUUGAAGAUCACCGUGCCUACGCUGCUGUUCUUCCUCAUUUUGGUUAUCCCCUUCCUGGAAUUGCAGUCUGUGGUCGCUGGCUCGGGAUGGACGUUUCAACGUACCUCCAAGGGACGCAUUCCCAGAACUGCCUGGGUCCUCCAGUUUGCAGUUUUCGGACUGUGGCUGUUUGGGUUCUGGUCCCUCGGGAACCUCGUGCCUGUGGGCAGCGACGUCAUGCACCCCAGCGCGAAUAUGGCUCGCAGUACGACCGAGAGUUCAAGCGGACUUGCGCGGGCCUGUCUUGAGAGGAUAGGUGUUAUCGGCAUCUCGCUCAUGGCACUGCUAUCCGGCUUUGCGUCAGUCUCCUCGCCAUGGCACACCUUUGGGAGCCCGACAUCGCGACGACCUGUGACGGAUUCAGACAUUGCACGGAAGCAAGCAGGACUAGAUGCCACGAAUGAGAUGCUUCUUACCAAGCGCCAUCGUCUACAGACCCUUCAGCGCAAAAUCGCCGAGACGUCAGCUGCCGAGAAGCCUGGCCUAGUCACUAAAGUGUUCAGUUCAAUCCGCGGUGGCGGUGAUGCGGCUGAGAUCCGCGGACUACGACUUGAGAUCUCUGGCCUGGAAGCGAUGGAAGCCAACCUUGCGCACGCCGUUUCUACACUCCGCUCCCGGCAAGCAAAUUCUGCCAAGGCGGCGACACCUAUCGGCAAGCUCCUCCUCGUACCCACCUACGCCUUCAGUUUGUACUGCGUAUACCGCAUUUUUGCGACUACUUUCGCUACCUUCCGCCGUAUCUACUCACCUUCCGCCUCUUUUUCCUCCACGGACCCCAUCAACCGCUUGCUUGGCCUCCUCGCCAAGCAUUGGGACCCCAAGCUUGACCAGAUCGCCUGGGCUCGCCAGAUAUCCUUCCUCCUGUCCGGCGUGAUCCUCGCCGCAAGCGCAAACUCGGCCCUCCAGACUUUCCACCUCUUCGCUAAGUGGACGCCGGGCCUGCUUUACCAGGCGCAGGCGAACCUCGCAUUACUCAUUGGACAGAUCAGCGCUAUUUACGUCAUCUCUGCCGCUCUUCUGCUACGCAGCAAUCUGCCCAAGGAGGUCAGCAGCGCGGUCAGUGAUGCCCUGGAAAGCGCGCUAGAGCCGGGGUUCGUGGACAGGUGGUUUGAGGGCUGGUUUUUGCUUGCCAGCGUUGUUACCGCCGGUGGCAUCUAUAUUGGCCGGAAAAUCGGCGAAUGGGGUGAAGACUGGGAUGAUGCCGGCUUGGAAGAGAUGGGCCAGAAACGAUCGUGAUGGAUAAUGGUUUGGAGGUUGAGUGGGACGUAGUCACGGCAUUGAGCGGAGCUAGGAGUUCAGGCUGGUCUCGGUUGAUACAUUUUAGUAGUUUGCCUGUAAUAAGAUGUGCGCUCAGUCGACUACAGAAAUAUCAAUGAAGAAUGUUUUCAAAUUUAGAAAUAUUGUGACGG